AUGAAUAUUUCAUUUAAGAAUAAACGUAUUUUAAUCACAGGCGCUGGACAAGGUAUCGGCAGAGAUCUAGCUCUGCGCUUGUCAAAGUUCAACGGAACAGUAAUCGCCUUGUCAAAAACAGCCUCCAACUUGGACUCUCUAAAAAAAGAAGAUCCAACAAUUGAGACAGUUGCGGUGGACCUCGCGGACUGGGAAGCAACAAGAAAUGCUGUAAAAAAGGUCUUACCGAUUGACAUGCUUGUCAAUAAUGCAGGAGUAGCUUGUCUUGCGCCAUUUUUGCAGCAAACAGAACAACACUUUGACCUGACGAUGACUAUUAACGUUAAAUCAAUGUUCAAUGUGUCUCAAGUAGUAGCAGAAGACUUGAUCAAGAGGAAAGCCUCGGGAAAAUUAGGCCCUCACAAUAUUCGUGUAAACGCAGUCAAUCCAACAGUAGUUUUGACAGCGAUGGGAAAAUUAGGAUGGGGAGAUCCAGAAAAAGCUCGCAGUAUGACAGAAAAAAUACCACUAGGACGUUUUGCCGAGGUUGACGAAGUUAUAGACCCAAUUGUUUACCUACUAAGUGAUCGCAGUUCAAUGAUUAACGGCGUUGCAUUGCCCAUCGACGGCGGAUUUCUCGCAACAUAA